CGUAGGAUCAUGGAUUUGCCUAAAGUGGAGCGUAAGAAAGGGUGGGAGAGAGAGGGAGAGAGAAUGUGACGAUGAAUGGAUAGAUAUAGGGAGCAAAGGGAGAGACAGUAACAGAUGGGUUUGUGAGGAUUAAGUGAAAUCUGGGUGGGUUUGUGAUAGAAACUCACCCAAGAAAGGCAGGAUAGUGAGGGAGAGAGAGAGGGAGAAAAGGUGAAGAAAGUUAAUCUGGUAGAGAGGACGGUGUGUAGAGGGUCGAUGUCUCUGAAGGGCUUGUAUGGUGGUUGGACAGACGUUACGAGCGUGGGAUUAAACAGAUUUACCUAGUACAGGGAGAUUAACACAGAUUAAUGAGGAUUACGGGUCAACUGUGAGAUAGAUUGAGAGAUUGGACUAAUCAUUAAAUCAAAUCAUAAUCUUCCUAAGAAAGCCAGGAAGAACUGAAUGUUUCCUGAGAAAAAGAAAGAAGACAGGAGAAAAGGAUUAGUGGUUGUAUAAAACGUGGUAAAAUUGAAGCGUUUAUCUUCCAGGACACAACUGUAUACCUGUAAACACAUGCCAAAUCCAUGUCAUGAUACUGGAAACAUGGGAUGUAGCAUACGGACGAAACAUUUAAAAUUUGCCUCCUCAUCAUUGUCACUGCCCUCACUCUAGCUGAUCUCUCGUCAGUCCUCUGUCAUCCCUGUACCCAUCCUCUAACCAGCCCCAUCACCCUGUUUCACCAUCAUUCGUCUCAAACUCCUCUUGAGACACCCUAUCUCUCGCUUCUUCUUUCCCCCGACCUGUCUCCCACCUCUCUGUCUGUCCAUCGGAGGGCCACUAUUUCUCCUAGCAGUGGCUUUCGCCCCACACCCAUAAGCCACCAUGCUGGAGAACAUGUCACGAUGCAAACGCUCCCUGCUCUCCCUAUCCCUGACCUCGCUGGCCCUGGCACUGUCCAUCCUGGCAUUCUGUACCUCGUACUGGUGCGAGGGGACCCACAAGGUUGCCAAGCCCCUCUGCCUCUCCCCGGUCAAGUUGAAGAACUGCGGGCAGAACAACAGCCAGCCAUACACCACAGAGAGUCCCACUCUGGACCCUAAGAAGCCGUCAAACAACAUCACCUUGUCGGAAAAGGAAGAGCAGGCGAGGCUUCAGAAAAAGGCCCUUGCCAAUGCAGUGCACUACAUCUGGGAGACAGGCGAGGAUAAGUACAUGCUACGCUACUUCCACACAGGUUUCUGGUUGUCCUGCGAGGCACACAACGAGGAGGAGAAGUGCCGGAGCUUCAUUGAAUUGACUCCAGGGGAGACACAAGGGGUGCUAUGGCUGUCAGUAGUAUCAGAGUUUGCGUACAUAGGCCUUUUGGCCAUGGGCUUUCUCCUCAUGUGGGUGGAGGUGCUGUGUCUCUGUGCCCGUAAGGAGAUGUACGCUCUCAAGAUCAAUGCCUUUGCCGCUAUAUGCACUGUCCUUUCAGGUCUGAUGGGAAUGGUGGCUCAUAUGAUGUACACCACAGUGUUCCAGAUGACUGUGAGCAUUGGGCCAAAAGAUUGGAGACCACAGACCUGGGACUACGGCUGGUCAUUUGUUCUGGCCUGGAUCUCCUUCAGCUGCUGCAUGGCGGCGGCUGUCUUCACCCUCAACUCCUACACCAAGACACUGAUAAAGAUGAAGCACCGCGCCCGCGUUCGUCUGGAGGAGGCCCGGGCGGCCAUCCAUGCACCCUCGUACGACGAGGUGUUGCAGGCGGUCGGGGGCGUCUGCUCAGUCAGCAGCCUGCUCCAGCACUGCCAGCAGGGGGCGUUGAUCGACCCCACGUGUGAGGGAAGGUGGCCGCCGGUGGGCCCCGGCCCAGGGGUUCCAGACCACAGAGGGCUGGUGAUGAUGGCUGGUGGCUGUGGGACAGAGGGGUGCGAGGACUGCGAGAGGGAGAUGGAUGAGAUUGAGGAAGCCCUGGAUAGGGAAGAGAGGGGGGAGAUGGAGGGAGAGGACUGUGAGAGGUUCUGAGGGAAGGGAGGAGGAGGGGUUAAAAAUAGGUUCUAGCCCUCUGAAACGUAUUUUUGUCUUUAAUUUUGUACAUGUUUUGGAUUGAACUGUGAAAUGGACUGUGCUUGAUUUCAGUCAUUGCAGUGAUGAUUAUUUCAGUACCUCAACCCCUGAAUUAAAUCUGAGUAGAUAAAGCUCUGUAAAACCACACACAGAGAGUGACAUGGAUUGUCUGGGUAGAGAUCAAUAGAGACAAUCGCUAAGAAAUGCCUGGCAUUGGCCACAUUUAACAUAUAUAUUAUAUAUCAUUUUUAUUCUAUUGUAUUGAUGGUA